UUAACAAUGGAUGAUAUCUGCUGUAUCAGGUUCAUUUUUUUUUAAAGUAACGGAAUAAUAUGUGUACAGAAGGCAUGUUUCUUAUUCUUCUCUGUCUCCAUCUCAUCCCAAGAUAGUGUCUGCCUUUUGUGAUUCUCCUGCUAGUGCUGAAAACACACAUUUGAUAUGUUGUCAGUUUCCAUCCUUCUCACCAGAUUUUUCCACAACAUGGGACCCAGAAACAAAACAGGAAUUUUAGAAUUCCUUCUUAUGGAAGUGACAGAAGAUGCAGAACUGCAGCCACUCCACUUCAUUCUGUUCCUGUUCAUAUACCUGGUUACCAUUCUGGGAAACCUGCUCAUCAUCAUGGCUGUCAUCUCUGACUCCCACCUCCACACCCCCAUGUACUUCUUUCUCUACAACCUGUCCUUUACUGACAUCUGUUUAAGCACAACCAUGAUCCCAAAGAUGCUGGUGAACAUCCAAACACAGAAUCAGAGCAUCACUUACACAGGCUGCCUCACCCAGCUCUGCUUCAUCCUAGUCUUUGUUGGUUUGGAAAAUAGUCUUCUCGCAGUAAUGGCCUAUGACCGGUAUGUGGCCAUUCGUCACCCACUGAGGUACAUGGCCAUCAUGAACUUCCCCCUCUGUGGCCAGCUGAUUCUAUCCUCCUUGUUUAUUAGCAUCGUGGAUGCCCUGCUCCACAGCCUGAUGGUGUUGCAGCUGACCUUUUGCACAGAUCUGGAAAUCCCCCUCUUCUUCUGUGAAGUUGUUCAGGUCAUCAAGCUUGCAUGUUCUGAUACCCUCAUUAACAAUAUCCUGAUAUAUUUGGCAACUAGCAUAUUUGGGGGUAUUCCUGUGUGUGGAAUCAUUUUCUCUUAUAUUCAGAUAGUGUCCUCUGUCUUGAGAAUGCCAUCAGCAAGUGGAAAGUAUAAAGCGUUUUCCACCUGUGGGUCUCACCUCUCAGUUGUGUCCUUAUUCUAUGGGAUAGGUUUCGGGGUGUACAUUAGUUCUGCUCUUACUAACUCUUCCAGAAACACUGCUGUGCUUUCAAUGAUGUACACUGUUGUUCCUCAAAUGAUGAACCCCUUCAUUUAUAGCCUGAGGAACAGGGACAUGAAAGGAGCCCUGAGGAAACUCAUCGUUAGGACUCCUUCUUUUCUGUGA